AUGGCUGAAGAAAGCUCAGUAAACCUUAGAGGAGAAAACUCACAAAGUUCUCCCUCUUUUGUUCCAGAUACUGAGAUAAAUACGAAUAAGCGUUUAUGCUCUGUUUUGUUGAAUGAAUUCAACUAUCUCUCAUGGUCUAGAGCAGUGUCUCUUGCUCUCGGUGGAAGAGGAAAGCUAGGGUUCAUCAAUGAAGGAGUUGAAGCACCUGAGCCUUCUACCCAAGCAUACGAAGCAUGGUUAUGCAAAGACCAAUUGGUCAUGUCCCUGUUACUCAACAACAUGGAUAAGCAUGUGGCUGAGAUCUUUAGUUACUCAGAAUCCUCACAAGAUUUAUGGAAAUAUGUGAAGGACAUGUAUGGGAACCAGAAUAAUUAUGCUCGUGUGUUCCAGUUAAAGAAGGAUAUUGCAGGCAUCUAA